CUGCACGAGACAUGUCUCUUCUUCACUUCCGUUUGCUUCCCGCGUGGUCGGUGGUGAGACGCGGAGGACUAUUUUAAUAAAAUAUAAUUUCUUUAAGAAGAAAGUCUGUAAGAAAAAUAGCGUCAUGCUAUCGUAGUGGAAUCAAUUCAUAAAACAGUUACAUUAAUUAAUUUAAUUAACGAAGAAUGGAGCAGAAGAAAAAUUCAGGUACGCGCACCUCGCGAAAGCGAACACGUUCCGAAAUGGAAACGCCUGCUCAAGAAGGAUUCGAUUUAAAGAAACUAUCAAAACAACAUAUUCUGCAGUGUAUUUCUGCGAUUUUUCACUUGACGCGGGAACAAUUGAAAGAAAAGAACAAUCUCAUCGAAGAGGCCGAACCGAUAUUUUUACAAGUGAAUUGCAUCAAAGUCCCCAAAACUCCUCGCAGGCGAAUGAGAAUCUUAUUACCGCAUUCAGUGAUAACGUCAGACGACGAGGUCGCUCUGUUUGUCUGUGACCUGCAGAGAGGAAGGAGAAAGGAUUACGAGCCAACGGUGGAACAUUACAGGGACCUGUUAAGCAAGCACGGAUGUACUCGUGUAAACGAGAUAAUACCUAUGAAUCGUGUGAAAACUGAAUUUGAUCAAUUUGAGUUGAAGAGAAAACUGAUAGCCAGUUACGAUCACUUUCUCGUUGACGGUCGCAUCAGCGGCCACAUAUCUCACUUGCUGGGAAAAGAAUUUCUGAAGAGACGGAAAUUGCCAACCUCCAUCAGGAUAGAGAGCAAAGAUUUGAAACACGAGGUCGAUUACGCAUUGAGGAAAAUGAGCAUGUGCAUUCACUCGCACGGUGAUACCCACGUGGUCCAAGUAGGAAACACAGCCAUGAGCGAGAAGGAAGUGCUCAAAAAUGUCUGGGCUACGUGUAAGCACUUGUACAAAAAUUAUCCCGGUGGUUGGGAGAACGUACGAGCUCUUCGACUGAAAGGUGCCAGGAGUCUGUCGAUUCCCAUUUACGUGACAUUAAAGGAUAAAAAUACAGUGAAAGUGCCGAUAAUUCAGCCAAGGAGGCCAAAGGCCUAUCGUGACGCGGAGGGUGAACUAUCAACACUGCGCAACACCAGAGUUCUAGUUAAACCCAGUGGCGAAGUGAUCGUCACCAAAGACGCGAAGAGCACGAAGAAAACUAAAAGAAAAGUGAAAACCAAGACACUGAAGAAAAAGGAAGAUCGAGAUAUAUAAAAAUUCGCAUUUGUUUUAUUCUAAAAACCAAUUACAAAAAACUUGUUACUCUCAGAUCUCUAAUGUACAUUAUCUAAAUCUAAUAUUUCUAAAUUUAACAU